GCAUACUGUACAUUGGGAUUCACUAGCGUAGCAAUGCGCGUGUGCUUACAUUACUAGUCACACGUUAAACGCAUACGGAACAAGCGACACCGGGGUAUGUCUGCGUAGAUUGGCUAGACGAGAGAAGAGAAGACAAGAUUUAAAGAUGGCAGACUGUAGCGAUUUAGAUAGACAAAUAGAGCAGCUGAGAAAUUGUGAAAUCAUCAAAGAAAGUGAAGUCAAAGCAUUAUGUGCCAAAGCAAGGGAAAUUCUAGUAGAAGAAAGCAAUGUACAGAGAGUUGAUGCUCCAGUCACAGUAUGUGGGGAUAUCCAUGGUCAGUUCUAUGACCUCAAAGAAUUAUUUAAGGUUGGCGGUGAUGUUCCUGACACAAAUUAUCUCUUCAUGGGUGACUUUGUGGACAGAGGCUUUUACAGUGUAGAAACUUUUCUUCUUCUUUUAGCUCUUAAAGUUAGGUACCCAGACAGAAUCACAUUAAUUCGAGGGAAUCACGAAAGCAGGCAAAUCACCCAGGUCUAUGGUUUCUACGACGAAUGUCUAAGAAAGUAUGGUUCCAUCACGGUGUGGAGAUACUGUACAGAGAUCUUUGAUUACCUUAGUCUGUCUGCCAUCAUUGAUGGAAAGAUCUUCUGUGUCCAUGGAGGCCUCUCACCGUCCAUCACAACGCUAGAUCAGAUUAGAAUGAUUGACCGAAAGCAGGAGGUACCUCACGAUGGUCCCAUGUGUGAUCUAUUGUGGUCGGAUCCAGAAGAUACACAAGGAUGGGGAGUGAGCCCCAGGGGUGCUGGCUAUCUCUUUGGUAGCGAUGUCGUCAGUCAGUUCAACGCAGCCAAUAACAUUGACAUGAUCUGCAGGGCGCAUCAGCUGGUGAUAGAAGGUUACAAGUGGCAUUUCAAUGAAACAGUGCUAACGGUCUGGUCUGCCCCCAACUACUGCUACAGAUGCGGAAAUGUGGCUGCCAUCUUGGAAUUAGACGAGCAUCUGCAGAGGGACUUUACGAUAUUUGAAGCUGCUCCUCAGGAGGUUCGAGGGAUACCCGCCAAAAAGCCUCAGCCAGACUACUUCCUGUGAUCAGCACCAACCAUCUCAACCGUUUUUUAUACCGCAAGUUUUAUCUUUUUUGUGACGAGAUAGAUCUCAAUAUUUUUCCAAUUCUGAUCCAGCACUUGAUCCAGCAGGGCCUGGAAACCCUGUAUCACUACCUUGUCACAUGAUCCACAGAUCCAGUUCUUGUAUUGAGGAUCUGUGAAUGUCGGGGCAGCUACGAAGCGAAGCAGAGUUUGUACUAGCUAUGUAGUUUUCAGCAUGGAGAGUAUGGUAUCUGCAAAGGGUCAGAAGGACGAUUAAUCUAUUUAAAAGAUACGAGCUGUAGUAGCCCUCUGGUUCACAGUCAGCUCCAUGCCCUAUUGCACAUGUCACAUCUUGUAUGCUAGAUUUGUAAUGGAGUUACGCUUGCACUUUUUUAGUAUGUUUAUGAUAUGCUGUAGAAGCAGGCCGGGACUUGCGCAGGCCAGAAUCCAUGCAUCAAAUGAUCCACUUUCAUGCUUCAAACUUAAUUGAAUCACAAUACUCAUUUUUUUCAAUACAGUGAAAGUUUCAUGCCUUCAAUAAUCACGGACAUUCGGCACUUGACAAAAUUCUUCGGUUUUACGAUAUGUACAGAACAAUGACGUUUAGUUGUCUUUGCAAUGUUUUCUAAAUUCACCAAUCAUUUCACUGUGCUUUACGAGUCAAAACAAUGGAUAAUUUUGUUGGCCAUGUUGUAACAGUAGUUUGGGGUGAUUUUACGUGAGAUUUGAAAGGUAGUUGUCUUUUUAUCGUCGGAAGAUGUUGAUCUGGAUGCGCUCACUGUACAUAUGUGAACAGAAAA